CGCCUGUCGUCGCCCGCGAUGCUGUGGAGCCUGAAGUGCGCUGGAGCCGGCCGCCGCUUCCCGAGCCCCACCUCGCUUCAGCUCCCGGAACGGCAGCGCCGCGGCUGCCGCUGAGCCCCGGAGGGGAUGCCCGCGGGCCUCACCGAACCGGCGGGCGCCGCUCCCUCAGCCGUCGGGAGCGCCUCAGGGACCGUGACCAUGGCCCCCGCCGGGACUGUGCCGCUCCGGGUGGAGAGCGCGCCCCUGGCCGGCGUGACGAAGAGGCCCGUCGGUGUCUGCGCCGAUCCCUCGGCGUCUCAGCAGCCCCUGCGGUCCCCGGUGGGGACCGUGGUGACCAAGGUGGCUCCUGUCAGUGCGCUUCCUCAACCCGGCGGCUCUAGGCUGCCCGCGCCUCAGAUAGUUGCGGUGAAAACCCCCAACACCACGACCAUCCAGUUGCCGGCUAAUUUGCAGCUUCCUCCAGGAACAGUUUUGAUCAAAAGUAACAGUGGUCAGUUGAUGUUGGUAUCUCCCCAGCAAGCUGUGACAAGAUCUGAGGCCACAACUAAUGCACUUUCAAGGCCAGCAGUACCAGCAAAUACUCAAACAGUCAAAAUCUGUACCGUGCCGAACUCUAGUUCACAAGUAAUCAAGAAAGUGGCAUUGGCACCUGUUAAAAAGUUGGCACAAGUAGGAACUACUGUGGUAACCACUGUUCCGACGUCUUCCUCAGUACAAUCCAUGGCUGUGCCAACCAAUACUGUCACAGUAACUCCUGCCAAGCCGUUGAACACAGUAACUACUCUGAAACCUUUAAGUGUGGGAACAUCAUCCACCUCCUCAAAUGAGCCCAGUCUGAAAAUGGAGGGGCCAGCAAGUGCUCAGACCACUCUUUCUCCAACAAUGCUGGAAAAUGUGAAGAAAUGUAAGAACUUCCUUGCAAUGUUAAUCAAACUAGCAUGUAGUGGGUCACAGUCCCCAGAAAUGGGGCAAAAUGUGAAGAAGCUUGUGGAGCAACUUUUGGAUGCAAAAAUUGAAGCGGAAGAGUUUACUAAGAAACUGUAUGUUGAACUGAAGUCUUCACCUCAGCCUCACCUAGUUCCUUUUCUUAAGAAAAGUGUGAUUGCCUUACGACAGCUUCUACCUAAUGCCCAGAGCUUCAUUCAGCAGUGUGUUGAGCAGACCUCUUGUGAGGGUGUCAUUGCCACCUGUACCACAGCAGUGACAACUGCUCCCGCGGUGACGACUACAGUUUCCGUCAUUCAGCCUGAAAAGCCCAUUGUGGUUUCUGCAGCAGCAGCACCCAGAGCUGUGUCGGUGCAGACUCUGAAUACACUUGCUGGUGCAGAUGGAGUAAAACCUGGAGUUGUGACUCUUCAUUCUGUGGGUCCAGCUACUGUACAAGGAGGAACAGCAGCUGGAACUGUUUUGCUUCAAACUUCAAAACCACUUGUGACAUCUAUACCAAAUACAGUUACAACGGUCCCACUUCAGGCUGAGAAGCCAGUUGCCUCUGGAGCAGCAGUGACCCUGGCCCUUCCUUCAGUAGCUUUUCGAGAAACUUCAGCUACAGCUCUUUGUCUUCCAUCUGUAAAACCUGUUGUUACUCCUGCUGGGAGCACAUCUGACAAGCCUGUUGUUGGCGCUCCGGUCCACAUCAAAAUUGCCCAGCCGAGUCCUGCUCUUUCACAGCCAACUGGGGUUCCACAGGCAGUCAAAGUCAAGCAACUAGUGGUCCAGCAGCCUUCAGGAGGCUUUGCAAAACAAGCGCCCACACUUGCCCAUUCCUCAGCGUUGAGCAUUCAGAAAUCUGGGCAGAAGAAGAUGCCAGUGAACACCGUAAUACCUACCACUUCUAUUCUAAAGCAAAUUACUCUGCCUGGAAAUAAAAUUCUGUCGCUUCAAGCACCUACUAUUCAGAAACAUAAAAUAAAAGAGAAUGGAGCAACAUGCUUCAGAGAUGAGGAUGACAUCAAUGACGUGACUUCCAUGGCAGGGGUCAACCUCCAGGAAGAAAAUGCCUGCAUAUUAGCAACAAACUCUGAACUGGUUGGCACACUCAUUCAGUCAUGUAAAGAUGAACCAUUUCUUUUCAUUGGAGCUCUUCAAAAAAGAAUUUUAGAUAUUGGUAAAAAGCAUGACAUUACAGAACUUAACUCUGAUGCUGUGAACUUGAUCUCCCAUGCAACGCAGGAGAGAUUACGAGGCCUUUUAGAAAAAUUGACCACAAUUGCUCAGCAUCGGAUGACUACUUACAAGGCAAGUGAAAAUUACAUCCUGUCUAGUGAUACCAGGUCACAGCUUAAAUUUCUUGAAAAGCUGGAUCAAUUGGAGAAACAGAGAAAGGAUUUAGAAGAAAGAGAAAUGUUACUUAAGGCAGCCAAGAGUCGUUCCAAUAAAGAAGACCCGGAACAGCUGAGAUUAAAGCAGAAAGCCAAAGAGUUACAGCAGUUGGAACUUGCACAGAUACAGCACAGAGAUGCUAAUCUCACAGCUCUUGCAGCUAUUGGACCAAGGAAGAAGAGACCACUAGAAUCUGCAAGUGAGGGCUUAAAAGACUACAUUCUUCCUUCUGGGACAACCAGCCUAACAGCCACCAAGCAGUUGCUUCGUCCAAGAAUCACAAGAGUCAGCCUCAGGGAUUUGAUAUUUUGCAUGGAACAGGAAAGAGAGAUGAAGUAUUCCCGAGCUCUGUACCUGGCCCUUCUGAAGUGACCACUCCACUCUCCAUGCAGAUCUUUGCUGUUUACUGCCAAAGAAGACAUAAUAAGCAUUGUUGCACUAUCCUGAAAUUCCCAUUUCUGAAAAAUAAUCACCAGUAUGGAAAAGCAUUGUUUACAACUACAAACUGUUAUUAAGUCUUACCUAAACAUCCCAUGGAGUUCUUACAGACCAGAACUUAGCUUUCUUUUCUGAAAAUCAGCUGUGAAACAUAGUUUACACAGAAGUGGACAUCUGCCUACUUGUGUGUUUAAUUAUAAUCUGUUACUAUUCAUUUUGUUUGCCAAACUAUAGUAGUUUGAGAUGUUUUUCUCUGAUAUGUUACUGUUUACCAAGAAAAAUGUAUUUUAUCCUGUACUGAGCCUUUCCCAAACUGUUAGGUUUUCUGGGUUGGAGUCAGAAGUUACUUAGGUAACUGGGACCUGCCACAGUUAAAGUGACAGCUAAAGAGUAGGGCCUGUGGUGACUUUGGUUGGCUGAAUCCCAGUGUUGCCAGAAGGAGACAAGUGGAAAUAGUUUGUGCCCACAAUUGCUGAGGAUCUGGUUUAUCUCCCCAUGGGCUACAUUUCACUCCAGGCGAGAGGGCACCCUUGUCAGGGAAACCUUGAAGUUGAAGCUACUGAAACACCUCGUUGGAAAAGGUAGAAAGCAUUGGAGGGAAUGCUGAGCAUUGAGUUCAAAACGAGGGGAAAUUAAAAUGGCCUCAUGAAACAGAAAGUGUGCUGUGUGUGCCCAGAGAGCAGGGCUAGAGCUUCACCUCCAGAAGAGCUGCUCCAUUUUGUUGUUGGAGGAAAAAUAAAAUUCACAGCCCAACCAAAAUAAAAAG